AUGUAAUAAUAUUCAUUGCCUCUUUUAAAGAAGCCAUUUAGACCUAUGAAAGAAAAUAUUAGACAUUCUUUAGAUACUUCAUCUUAUGUUAAGAUAAUAAAACAUACAAGUGAGGAAACUAGCUUUGCUAAUUAUGUUUUAAAAAAAUAGCAUGAAUUAGAAGUAGCUAUGCAAUAAGUUAUACAUCAACCAUAAAUAAAAAAUUCAUUUUCAAGACAUCUACCUAAGAUAUAAGAAUAACAAAAAACAUCUCCUUAUUUAAUUAGAGCAUUAGUAAAAAAUAGAUACCCAACGGAACCUGUAGAAUAGAAGAAGGAAAUAGAUUAGAUGAAAUCAAUGGACAUUCCAAAUCAUAAUAAAUUGGGAUUUGAAAAAUUUUCAAUAAAUUCAUUAGUGAGAUAAUAAUGUAGAAGGGUUAGAGUCAGCCCAAAUCGUAAACUUUUUACAAGUGUUUAGUGA